UUGAGCUCAGCCGCUGGAAUAACGCAAUCAUGAGUGCUGUGAAUGUUACAAACAUCACCGUGCUAAAUAAUCCAUCGUCGUUCCUUUCGCCACUGAAGUUUGAAAUCACUUAUGACUGCGUUAAUGCUCUCAAAGAAGAUUUGGAAUGGAAACUCAUCUAUGUUGGAUCUGCUGAGGAUGAUACAUAUGACCAACUACUAGAAAGUGUGUUUGUUGGUCCUGUCAAUGUUGGAGGUUUCCGCUUUGUACUGCAGGCGGACCCUCCAGAUCCUGCCCAAAUUCGUGCUGAAGAUAUACUUGGUGUCACUGUGCUCCUUUUGACCUGUUCCUAUAUGGGUCAAGAAUUUGUACGAAUUGGCUACUAUGUGAACAAUGAUUACAAUGAUGAGAAUUUGAGACAACAACCUCCCCAAACGGUUAAAAUUGACAUGCUUCAAAGGAACAUACUAACAGACAAACCUAGAGUAACAAAGUUCCCUAUCAAUUUUCACCCCGAAAACAGCGAGACUGGAGAGCAAGGUGCUGCCCCUCCACCUGAUGAUAACACGGCUAAAGCAGAUGGGAAUGAAGAGUGACUACCUUCAACUAAGAAUGGAUCAGAUGAAGGGUGGGGCCUAACUGUGGAAGGAUGUUAACUUUUUGCCUAACUCCUAAUCUUUUAGUUUAACAUCAUUCUGUUGGGCCAUCAUCUCAUCCUAAAUCCUAAUACAUGAUCAUUAACCUCUUUUUGUGGUGUC